AUGACGUGCCUCGUCGCGCGGGCGGACGCCGCCGUGCCAGCCGCGAUCCUGGGGCAGCCCCGUGCUUGGGUGUCGGCGUGCACGUCCAAGCCUUCAGUGAUGGUGCAGAGGGCCCACGGCACGUGCCUGGGGCCGCCUCAGGACCCGCUGCGCUGGGGCUCCGACGUGGACAGGGCGGACACCAUCUGCUGCUUCAACCGCCACUACGCCGAGUACAGGGGAUAUUUUCGGACGACCACGUUCCAUGACGACCAGAGCACUGCGGAGACGACGGUGUUCUACGACAGUAUUACUGGGCGCCCGCUAUUCGAGGCCCCCCUCGGCCGCAGCUUCGCUGAGUUCUACCAGGAGAGCUAUGACCACGGGUGGCCGAGCUUCCGGGAUGCCGAGGUGCGACCCGACUUUGUCAGAGUGCUGGAGGACGGAGAGGUCGUGAGCGUGGACGGGACGCACCUGGGGCACAAUCUCCCUGACGACAAGGGGAACCGAUACUGCAUCAACCUCAUCUCGGUGGCCGGGUACCCGCAGGAACCCACGCUGGUGCCAACGCCGGCUCCGCCCACGCCGACGACGCCGACGCCCACGACGGCGAUGCCGGAGCCCGCGGCAGACUCGGGCAACACUGCCGCGACAGCAGCGGCGCCGUGGCGAAUGCUCUGCUUGGCCGCGCUUGGCUGGCUGGCCUUUUGA